AUGAAUAAUCUUGAACAAAAUAACAAAGAAUAUUUGGAUCCAUUCAAUUGUAAUACAGAUUCUUCCCCUUUCUCCAAACCAAGUCCUUUAGAAUGUUUACAAAAGUCAUGCAAUAAUAUUUUAAAGAAUAUAAAUCCCUUGCCAUACUAUCAAAUUCUGAAUGAAGUUUCUCAUAAGCUGAGUAGCAGUCUUAAUUAUUUUGCUAAUUACUCAUCAAACUACUCUUGGCUUAAACAGAAACGUAGUACAAAAUUACGUCAUUACAAAUCCCCGAGUUCUUAUUUAUUUCCAUUCCCGAUCGCAUGCAGUUCAUCGAAACGUAAUUUGGUUAGAUCCAAGCAUACAUUUAGAAACGUUUUACAUUCAAAGAAGCUAAAUUCAACAUUGACAAAUUGUAACAUUCGAACAAAUAGAUCUAUUCACUCGAAAAAUAAAACUUUAAUGGAUGAUAAAAUUGUUCCGAACGAUCCAACAAAAAGUGGUAAGUUCUUAUCUUCUUCAAACAAAUCAAUAACUCAGCUCACAACUGAAUCUCCUCAAAUUAGUGAUUCGUCAACUCUAAAACUAUGCUCAACACAAUCAGUGGCAGUGUCAUCUUUCAAUGCUAAUUCAUCUAUUUUAAAUGGAAAUUGUACAUGUACCAUCUGCAAUAAAAUACAACUGUUCAAUAUCUUAUUAACUUCCUGGAGUGCAGUGAUUAACUUUAUUCACAAUUUACAAUCUAAUCUGAAUUUAAAUUCAAAUGAUAUGAGUAUAAAUACUACUAACGAUUUUGUUUAUAAUUUAGAGAAUUUACUAAAACAAAAUAGACCGAUUAUUACUGAGUCAGAUGCCCUGAACAAUUCAUUUACAUUACCAGUUAAUAGUCAGAAUGAUUCUAAAGAUUCUAACUUAGAAGACGAUAACUGCGAUUCAUAAUGUACCUUUCAAAUAAAUUCACCAAAUAAUUGAAUGGAAAGAACAGAAUUUCAAAUAAAAUUACAGGCAGAUUUGUAUAUUUCUUUAGUUAACUGUGAUGACUAAUUUUUAAUAUUUACAUUGAAAAGUAUUAAAGAAUAAUCUACCCCACAUUACCUCUUUUUAUAGGCAAAUUAACUAGUUUUCUUUUGCAAAAAAUACUUUCUUGUUUAAAUUAUACGUGCUUUGUAAAA